AUGUCUAACCAAUCUGAUAUUACGGAAGAUAGAUUUAUUUCCCUAGAGGAUAAUGUGAAAUCCAUGGAUGGACGUAUGACUUCAAUGGAAUCUUCACUCCAAACAAUUCUGACUUCUUUACAGAAUAUGGAAGCUCGAUCAAAUAAGGAAGAAACCCAAACUAAUAUCUUAAAGAAAGGUUUGGAAAAUACUUCUACCCAAUUUUCAGCAGUCCAGAAGGAAGAAGCUGCUAUUGAAGGUAGAAUUCUUGAAGACGAAAGAAAGCAAGCAUCAUUAAUCUCUGAAGUUGGUAAAAUUGAGAGUUAUCUAAAUUCUGAACAGGAUGCUUUGCAUAACUUUAUCCAGGAUAAGAUUACUACCGAAUUAGCUAAAUUUAAAAAUGGCAAAGUUUCUUCUAAAGAAGAGAUUUUGAUGAAGGUUAACCGAUACUUUCCGGAAAUCAUCACCAAUCCAAAUUCACCUUUAUUGGCAGGUUGCACAAAAUCUUAUGGUGAAGUCAGCUUAGUUGCCCCAACUGAAAUUCAUUUAAAAACAGAAAAUUAUCGUGAACCAGCUGAAAACCUGUUAAAGAUUCAAAGUCUGCUUAAAGGCAAACAUGUUUCUUUUGAUAGCUGGGGUCCUGCUUUACACAAUUUCUGUGGAACAGGCGUUACCGAUCAUCUUUAUAAUGACCGUAAAGAACCCGUUGAUUGGAUUACGGCCAUUUACCAUUUCUUUAAGAAUUAUGAAUUUUCGUCCAAAACAAGAAAGGAUAUUGUUAAAUUGCAGAAGUUUCAACCUACUCCUGGCUCCAAUGCUAGAUCCUACCUUUUGGAUCUGAUUGAGCUUGCCAAGGCGGUUAGAGGUGCUUCUACCUUAACUAUGACCAUCACCAAGGUUGCCGAUAUCUUAGAUUCGGAAUUCCCUGCUUUACCUAUCCCUGACAUAGCGGAAAUGCGUAAAUUUGAUGAGUUAAUCGCUUUUGUGCAACUUUACGUUCGUGACGGUGUAACAUUUCCGAAUAAAACAUCUUCAACUCCUUUCUUUGCUAUAAAUCGCGCUUAUCCUUCAAAGUCUAAACCUAAACAGAAAGUCUCUGCUGCCAAUUACUACUGUGUUAAUUGUCGUUGCUCCAAGUGUAGUGGUAAUCUCAAGCCAUAUAUGAAAAGUGGUUUCUGUAUUAACUGCCACUGUGCUAAGUGUACUCCUAGAGUUAAACGCUUCAGUAAACAAGACAUUACCAACAUUAAGGUUAAUAUGUUAGAAGCCGAAACUGAAGUUUUUCCUUCGGAUAUUGACGACGACGAGUUUGGGACCGAAUUUGCAGCUGUACUUGCUGAUGAGUCGUAUGAGUUCUCUUCUCUUGAAUCCAUUAAUGAUUCUAUUGGAGAAUCAGAAGAACCAGAAGGAACCACAGCCACUUUACAGGAAAUUCAGGCGAGGCCUUAA